CCAAGUAAAGCUGGCAACGCCGACAUUGUGCAACUCGAAAACGGCGUGAAAUACGUAUUAAACAGCAUUUAUUGGCGAAAAUCGGCGUAAAUAAUGACGGUAAACAAGCGCGACGCGGGUGCCACGCGACCGCGGUGCUUCUUCGACAUUUCCCUGGGCGGCCUGGGCGUGGGCCGCAUUGUCUUCGAGCUCUUCAACGAUGUGGCGCCCAAGACGGCCGAGAAUUUCCGCGCUCUCUGCACGGGCGAAAAGGGAUUUGGCCUGGUCACCGGCAAGAAGCUGCAGUACAAGGGCGUGAUAUUCCACCGGGUGGUCAAGGACUUCAUGGUCCAGGCGGGCGACUUUUCCGCGGGCAAUGGCACCGGCGGCGAGUCCAUCUACGGCGGGACGUUCGAGGAUGAGAGCUUCGAGCACAAGCACGAUCGUCCCUUCCUGCUGUCGAUGGCCAACCGGGGCAAGAACACCAAUGGCUCGCAGUUCUUUAUUACAACACAGCCUGCGCCACAUUUGGACAAUAUCCAUGUUGUAUUCGGCCAAGUUAUAUCCGGUCAGGAGUUGGUGCGCCAAUUGGAGGGUUUGCCUGUCGAUCGGAACUCACGCCCGCUGCAGGAUGCAGCCAUUGCCAACUGCGGUGAACUAGUUAGACAGACAAAGGCCAAAAAGGAGAAGAAGCACAAGAGGCGCUCUACGGCCACCGAAGACUCAAACAGCGAGGAAAGUGAGACUGAAGCUAAGGCCGUGCGCAAGGCCAAGAAGAAAAAACGCAGCCGCAAAGAGUCAAAGUCGCAAAGCGAAAGCGAAGACAAUGAAACAAGCCGCGGCAAUGGAAAACAUGACCAGACCCCGCAGGAUGAUGACGAGGACCGCGAGGAAGGCGAACUGCAUCCGCUGGUCACAAUUACAAAGAUAGAUCCUAACGAGAUACCAGAGGUAUCGAACAAAUUCCUAAUGCGCGCGGAGCGAUCAAAGUCGCUGGAUCGUGAGGAGCGUGGAGCACGCGGGCAGGAUCGCGAUCGAGGCAAAGAUCAGGAUCGAGACCGCAGCCGUAACAACUUCGGUUGGUCAAAGAAACAGGCACCGCCCACAUCGCGUAGCGGUCGCAUUGUCAAAGGACGUGGAGUGUUUCGCUUUCGCACCCCGUCGCGUAGUCGUUCGCGCAGCACUACGCCACCUCACUGGAAGCAUGCCCAGAAGCGCACCAUCAAGUUGUCCGACCUGGAGCGCAUUGAGGAGGAGAGCAAGAUGCGCGAGGAGGAGAUGAAGCGACGCGAGCAUGAGAGAAAGCGUCGCCACGAGGAGGCCACAAAGAAUCCCAAGCAGUCCUUUUUCGAGCUAUCCCAUGCCAGCACUUACGGUGGCAAAAUAACUCCGGAUCGAUUCUCUCCAGAGCACAAAGCCAAGUCGAAGGACGCCGCAGAUCGCGGUAAAGCCAAGGAGAGAGAAAAGGCUGGCGAGAGGGAUAAGGCAAGGGAUGUGACUCCUGUAAAGCGCCGCAAGUCGAUGGACAUGAACGCCUUGGACUACGAGCAGCAGACAGAAUCCGAAGCCGAGUCCGAGAACGAGGAGCAGUUGAAGGUGAAACCACCAAACAAGCCGGAUAUCAGAGUGGAGCCAUCGACCAGCAAGGAUCGCAACGCUAAUCGCGAUGAGCGUAAGCCCGAGGAGAAGGCUAAGUUAAAGCGCAGUCGUUCCCGGAGCCCUCGUCGCCAAUCCCCUCCUCGUCGCCAGCAACGCUCGCCCGCCCGACGUCCUGGCGAAAACUACAACCAAAACCAGAAUCAGAAUCAGAAUCAGUUUAAUCGUGGCAAUCGCCGAAAUCCUUUUGCGGACAGAGAUCGCCGCCGUCGCUCGCGCUCUCAGGAUAAUGAGUACCGCAAUCGUUACCCCCUAUCACCAAUCCGAGGCAGAGGCUCGCCCAGUGGAGACCGCCGGCGUCAGCAGCGCUCCCGCAGUCAGAACCGUAGGCAGGAUUCACCCAGCCAGAGGCGUCAGCUGUCGCCGGGCCGAAAACGUCAGGAUUCGCCGAGUAAGCGUCCCAACUCAACGGAGAGAAAGCGGCGGGACUCGCCUGAAAGAAAGCGAGACGAUUCACGCGACAGGAAGCGGGAGGCUUCUCCCAACUGGAAGCGUGAGGAUUCACCUGGAAGGAAGCGCAAGGACUCCGCCAAUAGAAAACGGGAGGAUUCCCAAGACAAAAAGAUGCAGGACAGCAAAAGGCAGGAGUAUUCUGCGGGUAAGAAACGAGAGGAUAGCCCGAACAAAAAACUAAAGGAUUCUGAUAGGAAGCGUCAGGAUUCUCCUGUGAAAAGACAAGAAUCGCCGGGCAGAAAGCGUCAGGACUCGCCAGGCAGGAAACGGGAUUCUCCUGACAAAAGAGCUGCGGAGUCCGCCGACAAAAAGCAACAAGACUCGCUGGCCAAAAGGCACGAUUCACCGGGUAGGCGGCGUAGGGACUCGCCGGAAAGGAAACGCAGGGACUCGCCUGACAGAAGGCGCAAGGAUUCACCGGCCAGACGACGCCAGGAAUCCUCCGGCAGAAGGCGCCAGGACUCAGAUGGCAGAAGACGCCGUGAAUCGUCCGGCAACAGGCGCAGUCGCAGCCGUGGACGUCGGCACAGUUCCUCGCGCAGUCGCAGUCCCUCAACUAGUCGCUCCCGCCGCCGCCGCUCGCGCAGCCCGCUGCCCAAGCUCACCUCCGCGCUGCCCAUGAGCGAGGAGCGCGAGAAGGCGGCCCGCGAGAAGAUGCAGAAGCGUGCGGAGGCCGCCAUGCUGAUGAAGGAGCACAUGCGCAACGAGAUCGCCAAGGAGGAGGAACGCCGCCUGGAGAAACAGCGCCAGGACGACCUGGAUAAGGAGCGCACCACCCGCGAGCUGAACGAACUGGAGCGCCUGAAGGCCGAGACGCUCAGGAAGCUACAUGAAGAGGAUACCGUGGACCCGGAAGCGGCUGCAUCCGCCGGAAGUGCGUCCAAAACCGAUGCCACCAGCACCGGCGCCAAGAGCAAACGCGAUUCCAGCUCGGAGAAGCGGCAUCGCGAGAAGAAGCGCAAGCAUAAGAAGUCCAAAAAGUCCUCGGCUCGUUCCGAUAACGAUGAAUAAAACUACUCCUAGACUUUAGUUGAUACCCCAAACGACGUCAGACCUGGUCAAGUUUCGCCAAUUUCAGGCCUCCGCACGAAAUUGCAAUUGUAAAAAUCGCGACCCCAAACAUUUUGUAGCCAAGUCUGUUUAAUAAAGGUAAACGUCACUGUA